UCUGCACCAUGAUUCAGGCUUAGCUUUUUUCCCCAAAAUAUCGCUUCUUCGAGUUUGCUAGGGUUUCUCUCGCUUCGAUCUUCGCCGCUGUUUACAAUCUCGGGUAUCAAUUCUGUACCAGCCUCUGAUUUAUCGGUAAUUUCGCCUCGAUUCGCUCCAUUGGGUCCCAUCAGUCUUUCUGAUCGGCUUCGUCUCGGUAGAAGGACGAUUUGGUGAUUCCCGAGGAGAAAGAAUCAUCCUUUUCUCUUAUGUAAGUGAUUCUGAUGCUCGUUUUCUGUGGUGAGAUUCGUUGCGGGCUGAUUUGAUGAGGAAAAAGCGGAAAGGAAGUGAGACUGAGUGUUCGGAGAACUUACCGGAGGAUAUAUCAUGUACAACUGCAUCACGAUCAUCCAACUUCAGGUCACACUUUUCGCUAGAGGGUUAUGCUAGACUGAAGAAGCGUUGCAAGGAGAAUGAUGAUGUUGAGUCCUCCGUGGGUUCCUUUAAGAGACGACUUGCUGGCGUUGCAACUGCACCUCCUUGCGGUGCAUCGUCUUUGGUUUCAUCAGGAAGAGGUUUGAAGAGGAAGAUAGGGUGCAUAGAUGUUUCCACACAGACUGGUAGGAAGAAUAAGAUAGGCGAUGACUAUGUCUUUGGUCCGAAUAUUGGGAAAGGGAAGUUUGGGUCAGUCAGGAUCUGUAGGUCGAAGAAUAAUGGGGUCGACUUUGCUUGUAAGACUCUGAAGAAGGGGGAGGAGACUGUUCACAGGGAAGUUGAGAUAAUGCAACAUUUAUCUGGCCAUCCUCGGGUUGUCACAUUGCAUGCUGUAUAUGAAGAGUCAGAUUGUUUCCAUCUUGUGAUGGAGCUGUGUUCAGGGGGGCGUUUGAUUGAUCAGAUGGUCAAAGAAGGCAGGCAUUCUGAGCAGCGAGCAGCUAACAUAUUCAAGGACCUCAUGCUAGUCAUCAAUUAUUGCCACGAGAUGGGAGUUGUGCACAGAGAUAUAAAACCUGAGAAUAUUCUCCUAACGGCUGCUGGGAAGAUACAGCUGGCUGAUUUUGGCCUCGCCAUGAGAAUUGCAAAAGGUCAAACAUUGUCUGGAUUGGCAGGAAGUCCUGCUUAUGUUGCACCUGAAGUUCUUUCUGAAAAUUAUUCAGAGAAAGUUGAUGUUUGGAGUGCAGGAGUCCUCUUAUACGCUCUCUUGUCGGGUAAACUCCCGUUUAAGGGAGACUCUUUGGAUGCCAUUUUCGAAGCAAUCAAAAACGUAAAGCUUGAUUUCAAUUCGGGUGUGUGGGAGUCCGUGUCCAAACCUGCCCGUGAUCUCUUAGCGAGAAUGCUAACAAGGGACGAAUCUGCCAGAAUUACAGCGGAUGAAGUGCUAAGGCAUCCAUGGAUACUCUUUUACACAGACCGGACACUCAAGACAAUGUGUAUCAAGUCGAAGCACAGGAGUCAAGCAGGAACUCCUGCAUGCCUUCAGAUUCGCAGUCUGAUAGAGAAAACUGACCUAAACAGUGCUAACAGAGAAGAGAAGACAACAUCUGAUGCACCGACUGAUUCAUUCUCCAAUACAGAGGAGGAAGAAGAUGAGAGCGGUGUGGUUGAUGUGCUUGUUGUUGCAAUCUCUAACGUGAGGAUCUCAGAGCCAAAGAGAAGCAGAGUCUGUAGUCCCACAAACAACCCCGUUGAACAGCAACACUCCUCUAACUUGACCACGACUAAUACACUUUGUCGAGCCUUCUGACAAACAGCUUCACACACACACACACACGGGCUACGUCCAAGUCUCCAAGUCUUCGUCCAUGAUAUGGACCUUAGUGACACUCUUUAUUAUGUCAUAAUAGCUCUCUAAUAGUUCGAUUUGAUCUGAUUUUGGUGUUUUUCUUCAACAUUUCUGACAAUGUUGUACAGAUCGUGUAAAUAGAAUAUGCUAAGAUCUUUGA